AUGCUAGAAACAGUUCCUCUUCAAGAUCUUCGUACUAUGAAUGAAAUCCCAGAUUUAAAAACUGAUGGAUUCACUUGGGUUUCAAAAAGACACGUUGAAGGAAUUGAAAAUCUAAAAGAAUUCUCUAAUGAACAUAACACUGCUUUGACAGAUGAUUCGGUUAAACUUGUGAAAGAUUUAACAGGAGCAAAAUCAGUACUUGCCUAUUCAUCUACUUUUAGACAUUACGAAUCAGAAAAAGCUAAAAAGCCAAUUUCAGUCAUUCAUUCAGAUAUGUCAGCCAAAGGAGCAAAAUAUACUAAAAAAGAAAUCAAAAAAAGAUUUUUAACUUCAGAGAAUCCAAUGGAAGUUGAACUUGGAAAUUUAUUGAAGAAAGGUCAAAAUAAUGUGAUGUUACUAAAUGUUUGGAGGCCUCUUCGAGUUGUUCAAGAUAAUCAUCUUGGAUUUUGUAAAUGGUCAUCUCUUUCAAGACGUGAUAGAUUAGACUGGGGUAUCAAACCCACCAAUCCACAUAAUUCACUUCAAGCAUGGAAGUAUAGUAAAUCUCAACAAUGGUUUUACCUCAGCAAACAAAAGCAAGAUGAAGUGUUUGUUUUCCUUCAACACGAUAGUAAAGCAAAAGAUCAUCACGGUAUCAAUGUUCCACAUGCUUCAUUCAAUUCUAAAUCAGAUCUUGGUCAAUCACGUACAAGAAUGAGUUUUGAGUCUAAGAUCGUGGUAGUUUUUGAAUCACCAACAAAUGAAGGAAGAUUUUCAAAACUUCAUAAACAGAUUGAUUCAUUUUUCAGCCAAUUCAAUUGA